GUCUCACAAAGUAUUCACAAGUUAGUCGUAAUUCAGGUCGCAACAAAAGGGGCAGUAUCGCGGUAAUCUUUAGUCGAGAGAGUGAGUCCUGUUUUUUCCAUUUUGAUUUGCGAAACAUUCAAAAUCAACUCUUCGCUUCGCCAGUCGACACAGAUUGUGAGCAUUGGUUACACAGUAGAAAAUACCGUAAUAGAUCAAUGCAUUUACCAGAAAAGCAGUUGAUGUCGCCUUUUUUUGUCGAUCGAAUUGCGGUACAAUUGAGAACGGAAAAAAAUCCCAGGAACAUAUGAACCAGUGAAAUUUUGCAGAGCAAGUUUAAAGCAAGUUACAAAAAAAAAGGUGUUGAAAAGUUUAAACACGUAUACAAGACCAAGUUAAAACUGUUGAAAAAAAAAACUAUUGAAUUCCAUGUGUGAGCAAAAAAAAAAAAACAUUUGUUAAAAGUGUUCAAAGCUGAAAAAAAAAACUGAACUGUUACAUUAUUGUGUGUUCGAGACGCAGAUCGAGAGAUACAGCGAAAAAUAUUCGAGACGAAUAAAAAAAUAAUAGUUGAUUGAAGCAAGUUCUCUACAAGAGAGUCAACACAGUUGGAAUAAGGCACAGACCGGUUCAACUUCAGCGAAAAAACUUCAACGACAAGGAAAGCCAACCAAUUGGUAAAGGAGAAAAGAUUGUGUUACAAUCUCACAGCAACAAAAAUAAUAAAUAUUUUAAACUUUGAACAGACCCAUCGUGGUUUUUAAAUCUAUUUUAUGUUGAGCUACAAACGAAUUAGAAAGAUAAGCGAGAUGUUUGACUCAAACAGUAUACAAAUGAAUAUACCCGAUCACACCUCGGUCGCCUUUGAUGCCGACAUGGAUUGGAGCUAUAAUGCAUUGAAUUUCCCAUCGUCGGAAUUCUACACAGAUCAAUUCGAUUUCGGUAUCGAAGAUUUCGAACCAUUGUCACCACAGAGCCAAAUUCGUAAUCAUGAUUGCAUGUGGUCGGGCCGUUGCACAACACAUCCAAACGAAUGCUUAAACAGCCGAAAUAACUGCAAUAAGAAAUUAGUCACACAGAAUCAAGAGACAAAAUCGACACAGCCACAACAGCAGCAAAAACAACAACAGCAACCGCAGCAGCAACAAAACAACACCGCAUCGCUAUUGCAAACACAAAAACUCAAUGUUCAACAGAAGAAGCAACAAAAUAUUCCGGCUGGUCAAUCAUUGCUUCGAUUGAAACAUGUGAAACCGACAGCGAUUCGUGUACCAAAUAUUACAACCAAUGACUUCCUCAACGAUCGUGAUUUCAUUGCACGCCCAGACACUCCAUUGAGCUUAGACGAUGAUCCACCCGAGUUUAAGCAUAACAUUGAUUUGGUUCAAGCAUGCACCGUUGGUUCGAAUAAAAUGAGUUUAAUCGAUGAAUCACCGACCGAAAUUAUAAACAUUUUGAAAGAACACUUGGAGGACACCAGCAGCAAUCGUGCACCAAAAGUCACCGGUUAUAUGUCAAGCAUUGGUGCCGAUUCAGAUGAUUUAAAUGAAAUAAUCAAUGACAUCAAAUGUAUGUCCGACUUUGAAUCGGAGGAUGACGAGGAAGCCGAAGAAAGUGAUGCUACCAACGAUAGUUUUAACGUGAGCAAUACAAUGGUUACGAUACCAACACAAAAUCCAGCAUCGGUUAAAAACACAAUCACAGCCUACGACAUCGCACAAAGCAUGCACAGUGACCACAGCUACACGAGAAGUAAAAGCCGAGUUGAUGUCAUCGGAUUGGGCGUACAGACACCAUCUGAUUCAGAAGAAGAAAUUGACGUUGUCUCCGUUGGUGAUAAGAACCUACCGACAAAUCCAAGUGCUCGUGAUCGUCGUGCAUUGCAAAAUAAAAUCACCUCACGUAUGGUAAAAACAACGACUGGCAUUCAUACGAUAGCACGCAGACGCAUUUCAAAUGGUUCGUCCGAUGAUUCAGCAUACGGUAGUAAAGGUUCACCGGAAAUUGCAUCGCCAAAUGCUGGCUCACCGAUCCGGUUAGUCGUCUCAAAUGGUGCACGAAAACGCGCUAGUCAAGCAGCUGCUGCCUCAAGCCCAAGCCCAAGCCCAAGCGCAAAACGUUCAAAAGUGAGCAAACAACAGAAAAUUUCAAGUCCACCAAAUGGCCGUGUCUCACUUGGUGCUACCGCUGCACGUCGCAAUCACAGUCCAGUAGUCGAAGUAGGCGAAGAAUUGGAAACGAUAGAAAAACGAAAUUUGCACAAUGACAUGGAACGACAGCGUCGUAUUGGUUUGAAAAAUCUAUUCGAAAAUUUGAAAGAUAAAAUUCCAUCGUUGCGCGAAAAGGAGCGUGCACCAAAGGUGAAUAUUUUGCGUGAGGCCACCAAUUUGUGCACGAAACUGACGCAAGAAGAUCGUGAAUACGAGCAACAGCUGAAACGAAGACAUCGACUGCAGCAGAGGUUAAAAUACCUACGUGAACAGCUAGCUGCUCGCGGUAUGUACUGAAGGGAUGCUUCGGUAUUGAAAACGAACUAAAUAUCGAGAGAGAUGAAAAAAAUUUCAGUUUUCUACAUUUUAACUGAACAUGCGAGAAGAGAAGGAGAUCAAACCAGACCAUUAUCAUCAUCAUCCAACAGAGAACCAGUUUUGGAUGAUUUAAAAAAAAAAAAGAAAUUUUACCGAACCAUUUAAAAACAAAACGAAACAAUUUCUUAUCCCCAAUUGAACACACUCUCGACGCUGCCGCCAGUCGGGACACGAAACGAAUUUUGUGAAUAAAGAUAGAGUGAACAUCAGCGAGAACGAGUGAAAAUGACGAGAUUUCAAAUAAUGUUUUGAGUCAACCGAACCAUUGUGCAGAGCACAUUCAGUUGAUGUCGUCGUCUCCCGAAAUAGACCAAUCAUUUGUCAAAUGAAAAACAGCCCCGAAGCCGAUCACCGACCAAAACACAACACGCCCGGUGCGCGCAAAGUGACGGAUGCGAGAACAUUUGCAAGAAAUGAAAAAAUUAACCAACAACCGCAAACGACAAACUAAAACAGCAACGAUCGCAAAAUUCAAUGUUUGUACGCUUUUUAUUAUAUUUAAAAGAAGAAGAAAAUAGAACUUAGGAUAAGAUGAUUUUUGAAAAGUAAAAUAAUAACUAUUAAAACAUUAUAUGCUUUUAAACAAACAAAAAAAUUAUAUGAUACAUUGAAACAUUUAUGCAUCAAACACAAUAUUAUAUCACAUUAAAUACAUUAUGACAUUCAAGUAAUAUAAUAUCGAUAUUGCAAAUGAUGUGUGAACACAGCAAACAAAAAAAAAAUGAAUUAACCACGGCGAUAUAACGCCAACUUGGAUAAAACAAAACAUUGAGAAAAAAAAACAAUUAUUAUAUUUGAAAAAUAUAUAUCGAUAUUUUGUUAGGAGUUUUUUUUUUCUUCAAAUUGCAGCUUAAUGGAUGAAGCCAAGAACCUUCAUCAAAAUCAGGAUGAGUAAUAAUGAUGAAGAGCAUUUGAAUAGGCAUAUAAUAAUGUAAUUAAAAUGAGCAAGAAAAACAAUUUAAAAACAUCUAGAUAAUUAAACUUGAUAUAAACCUAUAACAUUUGAAUAUUACUAUGAAUAACUACUAUGCAAAUGGGAAAACAAAACUGUUUUCUUAACCUAUUGAAAGAGAAGAGCUUUUGCUAUAAGAAUAACAUUGAAGUUUGAAUUGAAAAGCAUUUUUUUUUUCUUAAAUGAUAAUGGAUAAUUAUUAGUGAAGGAAAAACGUAGCUAAGCAGAGAGAGAGUGUGUGUUUGAUUAGAACAUAAAACAAGAAUAUUCUAUUAUAAAACAAGUUUUGAAUAAAAAAAAUCCUAUGAAAAUGUAUCUAAUGAGAGGGAAAAAAAAACAAUAACAACGUAGGUUUAGACACCGAACACAAUUUAAGCAUAUUUUGAAUAUAAUACGAUUGGAUUUGCCAUAUAGCAAACCAAAUCUAUAAGCAUUGUUACGCUGCGUUCUCGAUUCAAAGAGAAUUGAAUUCAAUGUUCUGUUUUCGACGACGCUUGCGAUUCGAGACAACGCAGCCAAAGUAAGCAAACAAACAAGCAUUGGCAAAAUACACACACAUAAUAUAUAUUACAAUUACCUAUUAUAUCUUAAUUUGUUUUUAUUAUUUUUUAUGUAGAUCAUAGAUUCUUGUUGAAUAAACUACGAAAUGAAAUAUCGAUAGUUAUUUUCCGUCAAAGGGAAAACAAAAUAAAUUCUAAUGAAUGAAAUGAAAGAAGAAGAAAAAAAAUGACCGAAAUAGUUCAACGACAAGAAACAAAUUCAAAACAAA